AUGGGAACAGAAAGACCUUUGAGGGCCAAUAAGUGGCUGGUGGACUUGAAGAGAACCUUCGACAUUAGUGGAUGCACGGAGGAACAAAAGGUCCAAUAUGCCACACACAUGCUACAAGGAGAAGCCGGUAUAUGGUGGGACACUAAACAACAGUUGCUCAUUCGAGAGUUAGGCGAUCUAGCUGCACUCACUUGGGAUCGAUUUAAGACUGACUUCGAUAAUCGUUUCUUUCUGGAGAUAGCAAAGCAGCAGAAAGCCCUAGAUUUUGCGAACUUGACCCAAGGUAACAUGACGGUUGAUCAAUAUGCUACUCGUUUUAUGGAAUUGAGAAGAUUCGCACCUCAUCUGAUCGGUAUAGAGAAGAUACAAGCGAAGAAGUUUCAAGAUGGUUUGCAACCCCGUAUUCGAAACCAAGUAGCUUGCCUGCAAAUAGAGAAUUUCCAAGAACUGAUCAAUUUGGCUUUUAUAGUAGAAGCGGAACAACGAAGACUGAUUGCUCAGGCCCAAGUGGAUCGGAAAAUAUGA